AUGCCUCCAAGAAAUGACAAGGACGGCGGUGAGGACAUCACCGUCGACCUCUAUCCAUUCAUUCGCGAGUACAAGGGCGGCCGUGUCGAGCGCUUUCUGCGCAGCCCAUUCGUGGCAGCGACGGAGGACCCGGCAGCCAACCGUGGAGUGGCGACGAGGGACGUCAUCAUCGACAACUGCACCGGCGUGUCAGCACGCCUCUUUCUGCCUUCCGAUGCUGCAGCCGCCGGCGAGAGGCUUCCGGUCAUCAUGUACGUGCACGGUGGAUCGUUCUGCACAGAGAGCGCAUUUGGCCGCACAUACAAUAACUAUGUCAGGUCCCUCGCCGCACAGACUGGGGCUCUCGUCGUGUCUGUGGAGUACCGUCUUGCACCGGAGCAUCCUGUGCCUGCGGCCUACGACGAUGCAUGGGCCGCGCUCCAGUGGGUGGCGUCCCUCUCAGACCCCUGGCUGUCUAGCUACGCCGACCCGGAGCGCACCUUCCUAGCGGGCGACAGCGCCGGCGGCAACAUCGUCUACAACACGGCGGUGCGUGCGGCUGGCCGCGGUACAAACAUCGUCGACAUCGAGGGGCUUGUCAUCGUUCACCCCUACUUCUGGGGGGUGGACCGGCUGUCCAGCUCCGAGACCGUCUGGGACGGCGUCGCCAUGUUUACGCCCGACUUUGUGGACAGGCUCUGGCCGUACGUCACGGCUGGCCAGCUUGACAACGACGAUCCAUGGAUAAACCCUCUGGACGGGGACAUUACCUCGCUGAUGUGCCGGCGUGUGCUGGUCGCCGUCGCUGAGAAGGAUAGCUUGUCUGGCCGUGGGCGCCGGUUGGCGGCUUCCAUGCGCAACCUCAUGUGGGCCGACGAUCAACACGCGGUGACAUUGGUGGAGUCAGAGGCCGAAGACCAUGGCUUCCACCUCUACAACCCCAUGCGUGCGACCAGUAAGACACUCAUGGAGAGUAUCAUACAGUUCAUAAACCAGCGCCCGGCAUUGCCGUUGCCGGCCGCUUUUCCGCCGGAACGGCACGAGCUGCAUCUGCAGGCAUGCCAAGGUAAGGAGCAGACUUCCUCCUCUGCCAUCCAGCCCAUUCUGGGUGUGCCUACCAGGCCCUAUGUGGACGUAUUUGGUUAUGGGGUGGCCAUGAAGGAUUCCAGUGGCCCAACAAAUACCACACGUACUAGUUGCUUGCAGAUUGGUGGAGAUGAACGAAGAUCAUCACCCAGGACUAGAAGAUAUGGGUUAUCUCUAGGCCACCCUAUAACAUCCAACAUGAGGUUCCCGUUAUCAGCAACGACGGCACCUGGGGGUGGUUUUGUUCGUUUUCACAAGUUCAUCAUCUAA